CAAAUUUUAGGAUUGAGUCAAUGAGCAAGUGACAACAACUGAAACCAAAUAUAUAACGUGGGGAUAUAUUUCUAUAAUAAAGUAAAUAGAAACUCUUUGAAGGAUUAUAUUUAUACCUAUAAUUUUAUAAGCUAGUAAAGUAAAUCAUUAUUUUUUUAUAAACGAUACGUAGUGUAAAUAUAAUAAAAAUAUGCCUAAAGCAACCAAACUUCACAAUAAGGGUAAGAGCAAUUCCAUUCAGAAAUCUUGUAAACCUGAUAAAGAUAUAACAGACAAUGCGAACCCUGAAGAGUCCAUCAGAGAAUUUCAGUUGCAACUAUGCUGGUGUAUUCAACAAUUGGAAAGAACUUUAGCUGAGAAAAAGGGAAACGAAAAACAAUUACAAGAAGCUUGGAAAGUUUUAACAGUAUUGAAGAAUAAUAAUCAGCCAAUGAUACGUAAAAGACAAUUAAUGAGAACACACUUUGGUGACUAUAGAGCAAAAAUGGCAGCUGAAGAGAAGAAACUAGCAAAAAUGGCAAGCAAAAUAAAGAUUUCAGAAAGUCCAACUCAGCCAAAAGCUACAUUUUUACGAAAAUCAGCUUUCUUGACAACCGGAGAUAGCUCAUUUAAAUUUAAUUUUAACAUACCACAGGAUACUAUUAAAGAAACCAAUACCUCAGUUGUUGAUAAUAGCUGUGGCAACAUUGAGUCAAAAACUGUAAAUGAGUCCACAGAUAAUAAAACUUCAAAUAAACAAAACCAGAACUUAGAAAGCUUAAAGUUUACGAGCUCUGGUGCUGAAUUUAGAUUUAACUUUAAUGUAGAUAGCCCCAAAUAAAACAACAUUAGUAAUAAACUUGUAUAAUGUAUAAGUUCAUUUUUUAAGUGAAAUAAAUUCAUAACGAAAAAAAAUUGUAAAUUUUUUCAGCAUCAAUUUGGUCCUUCUUUUUUUACAUUAACAAUCAUAUCAUCAGAUCCUUUUAUUAUCACAAAGCUUUUGAUAGUAGCCUUUGCUUGCAUUUGUUUCUUGACUGUCCCGAAUUUUUAAGCUGCAGGCAUGAUCUUUGAAAUAAGAGUCCGAGUUUGGUACAGAAAAUCCUACUGGUAAUUCAAAAUAUCUAUAAUAUGCUGCCCAAGUUGCAAUACCGAACAGUUUCUUGCUUUUAACAUUAAACAAUGCUCCACCUAAAACUCCAUGGUAAUUAUCACAUCUUUCAUCUUCGUUCACGUAGCUGUUAUAAGAACAUGAAUGGUAACAUGGUACAUUGAAACCAACAAUAAUAUGGUUGUAUGAUAAAAUUUCACGGCAUAAUUGUAUGUCAAUGACUACUUCUAGUUCUGUUAACUGAACUUCUCGUUUCGAAAUAGCUUCCUGUUAAAAAUAUUUAAUAAGUGUCAAACAUCUUUGUAGUUCACAAAGUCACAACAAUGUAUGUGUAUCUUUUUUUAAUAUGUUGGGCGGACUGACAAAUGAGCCGCCGGUAAGUCGUCAACACAGCCCUUAGACAUUGGUGAUGUAAAAAUGCACCACCAACCCCCUAUUUCACAGUUAUGUCCCUUGGGACAAUUAAACGAAAUACUGUAGAGUAGAAUAGACUAUAUAAAGAAUAAAAUAAAUAAAGAAUAGAUGGCACCUACACAGACUAGCUUGCUCAAAACAUUCAACUCUGACUCAUUAUGUGUAAAUUAAUCCAACAAAGAUUAAAAGGAAAAGUAAGUCUUUCAGCCUUGACGAAUAUGGUUACUUCUCAAAUGGGCACCAUAUUCGUCACAAUUUAAAAAGUACAAAUAUGUUCAAUAUACAUAUUAAAUAGUGCAUAAUACAUAGUAAUAGAUUGUCAGAUGACUUUUAAACUAACCUUAUCCACAGCAUACCCUACAACUUUAUGUUCAAAUUCAUCAAAUUUCAUGUCUUCAAACCACUUGAAUACAUUAUCCGGUCGUUUUACAUUAAAAGUUUCAACUAUAUUCCAAUCACCAGUAAAUUCUCUGUUAACUACAAUGAAGCCGAUAUCAUCAUAUAGUUGCUUCGACUCCUCGGAAGGCAGUACAAAAGCUUUAACUGACAACCUUUGAUUCUGGUAUAUGACGGAUGUAUAAACUACUUUGAGGCUGUAUAAAAUAAGCACAUACUAGUUUUAAUGUAGAAUUUUACUUUUGAAAAUAAAGUGUGAACUUGA